AUAGGAAAGUGCUUCCAGCCCAUGAAUUUCCUGAAGAAACUCCCUUUCCACCAGCACCAACAUGCAGAGCAACUACUCCCUGGUCAUCACCAGCAGGGAAAGUCUCCAGGUCCUGUCUACAGCACCGACAAACUCAUCAGCUGCACUGCACUCGUCCUCUCCGUGCCCCCUUACCUCUUCAGAUUAUCAGUUUUCACUGAUUCCAGCCCUCUUCUCUGUGGUUUUUGUUCUGGGCUUGGUUGGCAACAGCGUGGUGGUUGUGGUGCUGUGCCGUCACUCUGCCCCCAGGACAGUGGCCAAUAUUUACAUUUUCAACCUGGCCAUGGCAGACCUGCUGUGCCUGGCCACCCUUCCCUUUUGGGCCACCUACUACGCUCAGGGCUACAACUGGCUCUUCGGGUCCCUCAUGUGCAAGAUCUCCAGUUCUGUCCUGUGCCUGAACAUGUUUGCCAGUAUCUUUUUCAUCACGUGCAUGAGYGUGGACCGGUACCACGCCAUUGUCCAUCCCAUUCACUCCCAGAGGAGAACUCCACAGCAAGCUUAUUUUGUAGCAUUGGUUGUGUGGGGCCUCGCCUGUUUGUCCUCCCUCCCAACGUUUUAUUUCCGAGACACUCACUAUGUUGAAAGCUUGGGGGUCAAUGCUUGCAUUAUGGCCUUUCCCUAUGAGAAUUAUGCAAAAUGGUCYGUGGCAACAGCCUUCCUGAAAAACACCCUCGGCUUCUUCAUCCCCUUGGCCGUGAUCACCACCUGCUACAUCUGGAUCAGGAGGCACUUGCUAAAAGCGCAGCAGUUUGGCAAAAGCAGGCAGAAGAGGGACAAAGUGCUCAAGCUGGUGGCUGCMGUUGUCGUGGCCUUCCUGAUUUCCUGGCUGCCGUUCCACGUGCUGACGUUUCUGAACGCUUUGGCUCACAUGGACAUCAUCCACAGCUGCCAGGUSACCGGGCUCAUCGACACGGCGCUGCCCUUCGGCAUCUGCAUGGCCUUUGCCAACAGCUGCAUCAACCCCCUGCUCUACUGCUUCAUCGGCAACCAGUUCCAGGAGAGGCUGCACCGCCUCUUCAAGACGCAGGUUCACCAGCUCAGCAGCCACCGUGACAGCUCCUCUGUCAGGAAGGGCAGCGGCUUCAGAGACCCUGAAACCCCYGUGGGCAAAGAAGGGGAGCCUGAGGCUUUCCUGUAGGCACUGGGUGAUGUCAGUGCAGCUGGGUGUCCCUGCAGGGGUGAACAUUCCUCUCUCCUCUUCCCUUUGUUUGGUGCCUGCUCGUUCACCAGCUGUUUGAGGGACAAUCUGUUCUUGUCAUACAUGGGGAUUUGCUCCUCCUUCCUUUCCACAAGGAAGAACUCAAGUUUGACUCAGAGGGAAGGUUCUGGCAAAUACUAUACUGAUGGCAUUUUAAAUAUCAGCUUUUUGUAUGGCUAAGAUCAGGCAAGUGUUWAAUAUAACACAUAAAGCCUAAAUAUACUGAAGGACCAUUACACCAUAGCUACAAUUGCGUAGGUGCUGAGUAUUAUACCCUAAGCUGAUUUUCUAAAAGAGAUUCUCACUAGA